GUCUCACCUUCUCAGCAACCUGACAGCUCCAGCUCCCACUUUAUCCCAGCAUCUCCCGGAUAGCUUCUCUCCCAAAAUUGCCUUCCGAACCUCGAGCUGUCACCUCAUGCUUUGGGAGAAGCGCAGGCGAUCAAUCAUCCCCUUUUUUCCCGCCUGUCACUUCGUCAGGGGUAAACAGUCUACACCACUGUGUCGCUUUCCGUCUACGCCGCCCUGAGCUCGCAGCAUAGCUCUAGUCCCUAUAACCCCCCCUCCAUGGACAUCAUCACCACGAGCACCGCGCUCUGGAUCCUGAUACCCGCUGUGCUCGCCGUCGCCAUCGCAUCGACAAUGGGCCUCUUCGGCGGCAACAAGAUGCCCGUCGAUGGCAAGACGGUGCUCAUCACGGGCGCGUCAGAGGGCAUGGGCCUCUCGGUCGCGCAGAAGCUCGCCGCCCGCGGCGCCAAUCUCGUCCUCGUCUCCCGCAGCGCAGCCAAGCUUGAAACUGCGCUGCAGAGCGUCAAGGCCGCGGCCAAGAACCCUGAGACGCAACGUUUCCACUACAUCCCCGCCGACGUCUCCGCCCCCUCGUACGCCGCCCCCGUCCUCGCGCAGGCCCGCGAGUGGAACAACGGCCGCUCCCCCGACGUGGUCUGGUGCGUCGCUGGCUUCUCCGUCCCCGAGCUGUUCAUCGACAUGGACAUGGCCUCGCUGCGCCAGCAGAUGGACGUCAACUUCUUCGGCACGGCAGACAUGUCCCACGCCGCCAUGCGCGAGUGGCUCGCCCCCGACGCGCCGGUCGAGCGCGAGGCCCGCCACCUCGUCAUGACGACGAGCGUCAUCGCCUUGUACACCAUCCCCGGGUACGCGCCCUACGCUCCCUCCAAAUGGGCCAUCCGCGGGCUCGCCGACACAAUCUCCCAGGAGGCCAUGCUCUACCCGCAAAACGUCAAGGUCCACGUCGUCUACCCCGGCAGCAUCCUGUCGCCGGGCUUUGACCGCGAGAACAUGAGCAAGCCCGCCAUCACAAAGGUCCUGGAGGAGUCGGACCCGAAGCAGACCCCGGACGAGGUCGCCGAGAUGGCCAUCCGCGGCUUGGAACGGGGUGACUACUUCGUCACGGUCAACUUCCUCGGCAGCUUGAUGAAAUGGGGUAUGCUUGGAGGUUCGUUCCGGAACAACUGGAUCGUGGACACGCUUGGGGCGUGGCUGGCGUCUAUUGUCUGGAUUUUUGCUCAAAUGGACUUGCAUGGCAAGAUCAGGAGCUAUGGCAAGAAGCACGGCCAUCCGAGCACAUACAAGAGGCAUCAAACCUGAGGUGACCUUCAUCUGUAAAAUUAGGCGCCAGAGUAUAUACUAGCCGUAUCUAGAUACCCUAAUGAUUACUACAAUGCAGC